AUGUAUGUGUGUCAAAGUCAACAAGGAAGAGAAGACUACACCAGAGGGUUCACCACAAGAUGUAAACCAGUGGUGAGCCUCAAACACAAGUGCAAAAUUGGAUCAGCAAGCAGAGCGUUAAUCAUUCAGACUGGAGGAUCUGUUGUUAUUCCAUGUUAUUAUGACAGAAAAUACACAGGAUACAAGAAAUACUGGUGCUUUAAUACCAAUGCUGCGUUCAAUUAUUGCUCUAUUCUGGCGUAUACUAAAGAAACCAAAGAAAAAGUGUCAGUGAUUGAUCAUCCAGAUCAGAGUUUCUUUACUGUGGCUAUGAGGAACCUGCAGGAAGAAGACACUGGAUAUUACUGGUGUGCUGUAGAGAUCGGAGGAAAACUUGAACUGGAUAAGAAUAAGCAGCUUUAUCUCUCAGUUCAAUCAGCUCCUGAUGUGUCUGUCAAAAGCAGCAGAGUAUCUGGACAUGAAGGUGACCAUGUCAGAAUCCAGUGUUUCUACAGUUCUGGAUACAGGAAUACACAGCUCUUGUCUUUAUAUCUGCACCACAUUUUCUGUUUCACAGAGAAGACGACUAACACAUCCCAGAAUUCAUCAGUGCAGAUCAGUGAUGAUGGUGAAAGCUCCUUCACUGUGCUGAUGACUGGACUGACACUCUCUGAUUCUGGAUGGUUUUCCUGUUGUGUAGGAAAACAAGAGACUUUAGUUCAGCUCACAGUCACUGAAGCUCCUGACGUGUUUGUCAAGAGCAGCAGUGAAUCUGGACAUGAAGGUGAUGAUGUCAGUGUUCAGUGUUUCUACAGUUCUGGAUAUAAGAAAAAACUCAAACGCUGGUGCAGAUAUAAAGAUCGGAAAUGUUUCAGAGAGAAGAAGACGGACACAUCCCAGAGUUCAUCAGUGCAGAUCAGUGAUGAUGGUGAAAGCUCCUUCACUGUGCUGAUAACUGGACUGAGACUCUCUGAUUCUGGAUGGUAUUUCUGCUCUGCUGGAAAUCUGCAGGCUCCUGUUCAGCUCACUGUAACUGAAGUAGACAGAAAACACACUCUUGGUGUAGACGCAAACAGAGACAAAGCCUGUGAGAUGGAAAAUGUUACUCAGUGUUCAGGAAGUGAGGAGACUGAUGUGACCUACAGCUCUGUCACAGUUAUACCUAAACUGAAAUGCAGUCCAGUAUUAGCAGAGGAUCAGGUGAUCUACAGCUCUGUGCACAAGUAG